AUGGAACGGCUGGCUGAUGCCAGAGCCUCUGCAGGCAGUGUUUUUUUCGGCCAUCCAGAUGCCAAGUCCAGCGACGAGUUCGUAACGCCGCCACCGAAGGCAAGCGUCCUGCCGGAUGAAGCAGACACACAGUUGUAUGACGUCAUGCAGGAGCCUUUGGCUCCUUCCACCCCAGACUUCAAGAAACCCGCCAGAGUGCCGAGCACCACAUCCGUGGACACGAAACGCUGGGUCUAUCAGCAUCCGGGUGUGCCGAAACCGCAGCCCCGGGCACUGCUUCAAGAACCGCUACCGGUACCGGAUCAGACUGACGACAACGUGAAGGCGACGACAGAUGAUCAAGGGCAGGAAGCAGAGCCGAUGGACUGCGACGCAGAGCAGAUGAACGAGGACGCAGCGCAGAUGGACGAGGACGCAAAGCAGAUGGACGAGGAUGCUGCGCAGAUGGACGAGGAUGCCACAGCGGGUCCUCCCUCCAAGGUUUUCGGCAGACGAGACCAGCUUGGACUCAGAACGAGCAUCAAGGCCAAGGCCAAGAGCAAGAAAGCCGCCGCCACGGAGGAUGCCGAGGAGGAUGCGGUCUCUGCGAAGCACGGAGCCAAGAAGCUUAAGCGCAAGGUCUCCAAAAGCCGGCUUGGUCGUCUCAGGAAGUUGCGCAGAUCACGCAGCUCACUGGAAGGCGACAAACCCCGCGAGGAGGCGGACGACAAGGAGCCCGAGCACGAAGCCGAGAACGAGGGCGAGGACGAUCGGGACGAGUGGAACCAGGAGCCCGCGGAGCCAAAGGCCCAUCGCAAGCCGAAGGCCAAAGCCACGCCGAAAGGCAAAUCCGCGCCCAAGGCCAAAGCCACGCCGAAAGGCAAAUCCGCACCCAAAGCCAAAGCCACGCCGAAGAGCAAAUCCGCAGCCAAAGCCAAAGCCACGCCAGCCAAGUCUUCCUCCUCGAAGCCAGCGGAGGGUGACGAGGAUGCGCUGACGAAGUCCCGAGGGGGUCGACCCAAGGGAGCCAAGAAUAAGGCAAAGGAGCCUGCCAAGGCUGACAACAAGCAGAAGAAGAAGCGGGCUCCCAGGGUUAACCCGAGCAUCCGGCUCAACAGCAAGACCGCCGAUGACACGCCCCACGACCCUCUUGAUCUUAAGUAUAUGUUGGAGUUUUGGAGCGACUUCGAGGACCCCAAUGCCGACAUCGACAUCUUGAAAAAAGAGGUCAGGGCAUGGAAGCCAGUCUUCACCUACGUGUCGCCGGACGUCUAUUGGACCCGCAAAGAGUCUGCGCUGACUUUCCACUACGAGACCGAAGAUGGGGAGGCUUGCAAGAACAACGUGGGCCACUUCCACUUCAGCAACAACAAGUGCGGGCUUUUGGUGGCCAUUGCCUGCACUUACUUGCUGGCUGCUUGUCAUUGA